AUGUCAAAUCUGGUUGUACGACAUACCUUCAAUCUAUUUCGAGAAGAUUUUGUAGUGGAACAAAGGUUUCACGUCUUAAAUGGUAUUAGUUAUAGCCCCCAGAGCUUGGUUUGCUCAGCUAGGGUCAUAGAUAUUCCACAAAGAGUUCACGUGGCAAUUAAGAAAGUAGCCAAUGCAUUUACUAAAGAAGUUACCUGUAUUAGAGCCCUUCGUGAAAUCAAACUAUUAAGACACUUUCGGGGUCACAAAAAUAUUGUUUGCCUAUUUGAUGCAGAUCUAGUAUUUUAUAAUGAUGGAAUAUUUAAUGGUUUGUACUUAUGCCAAGAAUUAAUGGAGACUGAUUUAUCACAAAUUUUGAAAUCUGGACAAAUUCUAACCGAUUUACAUUACCAAUGUUUUAUUUAUCAAAUCUUGUGUGGGUUGAAAUAUAUACAUUCUGCAGGCGUUCUUCAUAGAGAUUUAAAACCAGAAAAUCUGCUAGUAAAUGCUGAUUGCCAAUUAAAAAUUUGCGAUUUUGGUAUCUCUAGGGGUUAUUCCAUGAAUGAUGAUAUAAAUAGUCAAUUUUCCACCGAAUAUGUCUCUACAAGAGCAUAUAGAGCUCCUGAGAUUAUGAUGUCUUAUCAGGGUUAUUCACCAGCAGUGGAUAUUUGGUCUACAGGUUGUAUAUUGGCUGAAUUUUUAACUGGCCAACCUUUUUUUGAUGGAAGUGAUUGUGUAGAUCAUUUAAAUAGAAUAUUGCAAGUCCUAGGAACACCAGAUGAUGAAACGUUAAGAAGAAUAUAUUCUAAAAAUAUUUUAGGUUAUUUACAAAAACUUGGAAGAAUAUCACCUACUCCGCUAUCAGAGCUAUUUCCUAAUGCUUCUACUGAAUAUCUUGAUCUACUUUCUAAGAUAUUUAUAUUUGAUAAAAAUAGAAGAAUUACAGUGGAUGAAGCUUUGAACCAUCCAUAUUUAAGUGUUUGGCAUGAUCCUGAGGAUGAAUAUUCUUGUAAUGAUAAAUUCAAUUUCGAGUUUGAAAAUAUAAACAAUUUAAAUCAUUUAAAGACGCUAUUAUUUAAUGAAGUUGAAGAAUUUAGGAGGUUGGUUAGAGAGCCAAUUUUUGAUCUUUCUAUUAAUAAUUCAAAUAACAGUAAUGCUUCUAAAGGAAAUGUUUUCACAUCUCCUGAUGAACAUAGGGACUCUGCAAAUAUAGAACCAAUGCCUCAUGGAUUAGAUGAACCAUUCAAUUAUUCACGUCAAUCCAUAGUAAAUGUUACCAAUACUGUAGAAACAGAGGAGAAAAGCAUUGAUAGUUUUAUGGAUCCGUAUGUUAAUUUUACAAAGACAAACAUUCAUUCAGGUGACCCAGGGAAUUCUAAAGCGGAGAUUAGCUUGUUAGAAUCUCCUACUAUAUUGAGGCGUCACUCAAAUGAAUCACUGGUGCAAGUUAGGGACAUUAAUUCUGAUGAUCCAUUAGAUAUUGAAAAAGAAUUAGAAAUUGGUUCGGAUAGAAGAAUUCUUCAAUAA